CCCGUGCUCUCUCCAGGCGCUUGCAGAGCUGGGGGCAGAGGCGGGGGGUGGCACGCUGCCCACCCCCGGCCCCACGCUAAUGAGGGAGUUACACAAUGAGAAGCUUUUAUACUUCGUUAAUCGGGCCCAGCAUCCCGCCCCUUCGUGCACCCGGCCUGCAGCCCUCCUGCUCCGUCUUUCCCUCUCCUCAUCUGCCUUUUGUAAGGUUUUAAUGGGGUUUCCUGCCUGGUUUGCACGGACUUAAUUAUAAAGCUGCAGCGAGUUGAUGCCUUGUGACGGCCUAAUCCCAACCCGGUGACUCUACAAAGCUUUCGCCUGGCUUUCUUGCUGCUCCACUCCGGCCUUGCUGCCCAGCUGCCCGGCUCCACUCCGGCACUCCCAGCCUCGUGCAGCGACCUUCUGCAGGCGAUUCGGUUUUCCCUGUCCCUGUGUCCUGCAGCUGAUAAAGGCUAAAGGAAGACAUGUCUGCUGUUACGGGCACCUUCCGCAUCGUCUCGGAGGAGGAGCAGGCCCUGCGCACCAAGCUGGAGCGCCUCACCACCAAGGACCACGGCCCCGUUUUUGGGAGGUGCCAGCAGAUCCCCCCGCACACCCUGCAGAAGGCAAAGGACGAGCUGAACGAGACCGAGGAGCAGAGGGAGGCGGCGGUGAGGGCGCUGCGGGAGCUGGUGCAGGAGCGGGCCGGCGGCGAGGACGUCUGCAAGGCGGUGGCCGAGAAGAUGCAGGGCAAGGACGACUCCUUCUUCCUCCGCUUCAUCCGCGCCCGCAAGUUCGACGUCCACAGGGCCUACGACCUGCUGAAAGGCUACGUGAACUUCCGCCAGCAGUACCCCGAGCUCUUCGACAACCUGACCCCCGAGGCUGUGCGCAGCACCAUCGAGGCGGGCUACCCCGGCAUCCUGGCCAGCAGGGACAAGUACGGCCGGGUGGUGAUGCUCUUCAACAUCGAGAACUGGGACUACGAGGAGAUCACCUUCGACGAGAUCCUUCGUGCCUACUGCGUUAUCUUGGAGAAGCUGCUGGAAAACGAAGAGACCCAGAUCAACGGGUUCUGCAUCAUUGAAAACUUCAAGGGCUUCACCAUGCAGCAGGCGUCGGGGAUCAAACCUUCCGAGCUCAAGAAGAUGGUGGACAUGCUACAGGACUCCUUCCCAGCACGCUUCAAGGCCGUGCACUUCAUCCACCAGCCUUGGUACUUCACCACGACCUACAACGUGGUCAAACCGUUCCUGAAAAGCAAACUGCUGGAGAGGGUCUUUGUGCACGGCGAGGAGCUGGAGUCCUUCUACCAGGAGAUCGACGCUGACAUCCUGCCGGCAGACUUCGGUGGCAACCUGCCCAAGUACGAUGGCAAAGCAACUGCAGAGAAGCUCUUUGGGCCCUGCAUCGAAGCUGAAGACACGGCUCUCUAAGGCGGGGUCUGCUCCCCUUCCCCCGUAACAUAGGCUCAGAGGUGGUCCCCUAACCCCAACCACCUCCUUCCUGUAGCGUUGGUUGAGUGACUGCUCGGAACGAGGCAUUCCGGGUGCAUUGCCCCGUGUCUGUCCCCAUCCCCAGACCUGGCAGCCCUGUCCCUCCUGGAAUAGGGUCCUCUCCUUGGGAGCCAGCAGAGAAAGCUGGCCACCAGUCUGCUCCUGCAAAAAAAAAAGGGGGCAUGGGGGAGUGACCAUGCUGGGAAGGGGGGUGGUGACAGCAAGGAAGAAGUCCCUUUGCCCCUUUGCCCCAAGCACACUGCAGGGGUUCGGAUGCAGGCAGGACGUGCCUUGCUCUGCUUCAGCCUUAGCCUUUACUUCUGCGGGGCAGUGCAGCCGGAGAGGGGCUCCACGGCCAGCCCUGCGCACCUGCAGCGGGGCACUGGGGAGCUCCGGGGGUGGCAUCGGCUGGAGGGGAAGCAGCACAAGCAGGGGGGACAGGCAGGAGAGCGCGGGUAACGCAGCCGGAGGCCGUCGCAGCAGGAGGCCCCUGCCAGGGGCUGGCUGAAACGUGUACGCAGAGAAAUAAAGAAGUGUUUAACAGCAGA